AUGCCAGGUGGCUCUUCAGUUGCGAUUGGUACAUACAAUUUUUUUAAAGAAUCAAACAUAGUGAUUCCUUCAAUAGGAGCUGCCAAUGGUAGCCCUUUUUUAAGUUCUAAAGAGAAAUUCCCAAUGUAUGUGAGAUUGCUCACACCUUUUCUAUUGCACAUUGAUAUCGUAUUUUUAAGAGCUAUGGGGUGAAAAAAUGCUGCCAUUAUAUAUGAGGAUAGCAUAUGAGGAAGUUCUUCAUAUAAUUUAAUGAAGGUUUCUGCUGAAAGUUUAGGAAUUAAGCUACUAAACUCAGAAAGUUCAAGAAUUAUACCAGAAAAUCUUGAAAGAAAAGACAUUAAAGCUGCAAAAUCUGCACUGCAAGGAGUUAUUGAUUCAAAAGCCAGGCUAUUAAUAAUAUUAAUUCAGUGCCCUUUGUGCAAUUACGUGUUAGAAUAUUUAUAUGAUUUAGGAUUAAGAAAAGGCGAUUUAUAUGUUUUUGCAGGAACCCUUAAUCCUCUGUAUUAUAUUUCUAACAAUGACACUUAUUUAUACAAAAGAUUAGAAAUUGGGGUAGCUAUGACUAGAGUUAAUGCACCAAGAUGGACAGGAGAAAUAGGUCAGGGUGCUUUAAAGUGAAUUUUAAAAACGAAUGACACGGUAAACGAUUUCACUUGUUCAUAUUAUGAUGGUGCAUAUCUGAUUGCUAAGGCUUUAGAUUAUUUAAUAAACACUGGAAAAGAUUAUACAGAUCCACUGAAGUUAAUGUCAAUAAUAAGACAGACAAAAUUUGUUGGAUGCACAGGCCCUGUCUCAAUCAAUCCUGAUAGCAAUGAUAGAAUUUAUGAGAUAUACCCAAUAGAAGCUCUUAAAGUCGAUAGCAAAGGAAACACAGAAAUUUAUUGAGUUGGAGAUUUAAAGCCAUUCAGCACAAAAAUGCUAUCUAUUACAAAUCCAUUAAUUUAUGCUAAUGGAACAUCAAUUAAGCCAAGCGACAUAAGAAACUUAAACGGUGAGUGCCCUUUCCCUAGCCGAGAAAUUCGCACUUUUACAAAAGGGCGAGAACUUCUAUUUGGGCUUUCUUUUUUCGUUUUUAUUAUUACUACAGUCACUACAUAUUUUAUAUGGCAAAGAUGAUGGAAUGUUCCUGCUGGGAUUUUCGGGGAAAAGCAAGAAAUGUCUAUAGGAGAUUUAAUUGUAGCAGCCACAAUACCUAUAGAAUUUUUUCAAUUUGCAACGAUGGGGCCGUGGCCAUACUCUUAUCUUAAAUCUUUAAUCUCUACACUUUAUCUAGGUAUUGGUGGAAAUUCUAUAGCAUAUCUUGCUUUUUUAAGUAUUGGAUGACUAGUACUUGCUCUGUUAGGUCUUUAUUUGCAAAUUAAAAAAUAUCCUAGCCUACUUUAUCGGAAAAAAGUAAAGAUUUGCGUGGACUAUUUAGAUUUGCAUUUGCAUUUAGAGGCUCAGUAUAUAUGAUAA